AUGGUGAAACCCGAUUUGAGAAAGCUAACGAAGAAGGAAAGGCAGUUGCGAGACAUGGUGGAGUCCAUUGGAGAGUUUGUACAAGGGUACAGUGAAGCUCGCGAUAAAGGUUCCGUACCCGCAAGGCUUAAAGAGGAUUCGAAGGAGCUUUCCGAAGAAGCCCGCAAGCAGAAAGCGGCCAAAGAGAAGGAGCAAGGUGAACAAAACUCCAAAGUUCUGAAGGCAUUCAUCAACCAGUACUUCAGCUUGAAACAGUCUUUAGAAGCAUUCAUGCAAGGUCCUGGUUCAAGUAUUCAGCAGUUUCCUGUACAGCACGCCAACGGUCAGACUCCAAUGCCAGCCAUGCGUGUCAAGCUACCUGAGUUGAAGUUGCCGACGUUUCGAGGAUCACUGAUGGAUUGGGUCACAUUCAGGGACACUUUCAAAAACCUGAUUGUUGACAAUCCACACUUGAACGAUAUUGAUCGGUUCACCUACCUUCGCACGUCGUUGGCCGGAGAAGCGCUACAGCAAAUCGCUUCGAUUGACAUCACUACGGCCAAUUACUCCGUAGCGUGGAGAACACUUGAGUCGCGUUACGAAAACAAAAAGUUGCUGGUCAAAUCCCACCUCGACGCUUUGUUCGCGAUCAAUCCAAUGAAGAAGGAGUCGUUCGAAGCGCUAAACCAUGUUAUCGGCGAAUUUGAAAAACAUCUUCAGAUGCUGGAGAAACUCGGGGAGCCCACCAAAGACUGGAGCACACUUUUGGCUCAUAUGCUCGCAGGCAAAUUAGAUUCCAUAACGUUGCGCUUGUGGGAAACGGAACAUCGUUCUACGGAUGUUCCCAAGUUCGAAGACAUGAUGAAGUUUCUGUCAAGCCAUUGCACAGUUUUGCGAUCGAUUACGGGUGAAUCUCACGUACCAAUGGAGGUGAAGAAACAUCUGAAGGUGAGCAGCAGUUACCCGGUUCAGCAGCAGUCGUGUUUUAUUUGCAACGACGGACAACAUUGGCCCUAUCAAUGCAAGAUGUUCAAAGGAAUGCGAGUCGACGAACGAAGAAACGUUGUGAAGAAUAGUGAUUUGUGCUUCAAUUGUCUUUCUCGUGGUCAUGCUGCCAAGUUUUGCUCGCGAGGUACGUGUCGUGUUUGUGGACAGCGACAUCAUUCAUUGUUGCACCUGAACACCAGUGAACAGCAAGCUCCGCAACCGAACAAGCGCUUCCAACAAAUUUCGCAGAACCCACAUUCAAAUCAGAUGACAUCAACCUCACAACAGAGAAAGCCAACUCAAUCUAAUCCUCAGCAAUCCACCAACCAAUCUUCCAAAUCCCCCAUUCCUAUUGCCAAUCCAAGCAUGCUAUGUCAAUCGUCACCCACACCAGACACUCCCAAUAUUGUACUAGCCGCUCAAGAAACCAAGGCGUCACGAUCAGUUCUUCUCGCAACGGCGAUCGUGAUCCUUGAGGACCAAUUUGGAAACACCAUGCAAGCUAGAGCACUACUUGACAGUGGCUCUCAGUUCUGCCUCAUAUCAUAA